AGCCAUAGUACUGCAGUUUACCUUAUUCGAUAUACAGCUAUUUUUCAACACAGCUAUUUUUCCUCUAGGGGCUGAAGUUGGUGCAUUAGACCUUUGCUGGAACAAGUUUGACAUGCUAAUUAUACAUUAGACUUGUAGUUAGACCAAAAAAAAAGUAGUAUCCUGGUUUAGUGGUAUCCUGGGGAAAACAAGGCCUGUCUGACUAUCUGUCUGUCUAUCUAUUAUUUUGACUGUUUUUCUGCCUGCCUGUCUGUAGCAUUACAUUUGAUGUCGCAUAAGGCAACUAUUUUAUAUGUGUAUUUUAUUAUCCAUGAUUUGACUUUAAUGUAUAUUUAAUGAGUGGAGAAAAGUAGAGAUAUGGUGUGUGUAAAAAUGUUAAUAAAGUUCUUAUAAAGUACUAUCAAAGAAAGGUUUAUGAACUCAACUGUACAGUGAUUUCUCUUUCCAUGCCUCUGGAGAUAAUACCAAUAGCCAACACUACCAAAUCUAAGGGUUACAUCUGUCUGUCUGUUAGCAUAACAUAUUUGUCAGUACAGUUGCUUAUUUUCUUUGUGUGGAGUAAUACAAUAAAGCUGAGAAAAGCUGGAGUUUUGGGUGGAAUUCCUGCAGCUGGUUAAUGGGUGGGGUGAUGUGCUGACAAAGUUCCAGUGUUUCAUUAGGGUCCCAGACGGCUCUGUUACAUGUUACACGACACAGAAGUAUUCAAGCCUUUGGAUUUCUCUGUUCAGAAUAAGAUUUAGGAAUCCAGAGUAAAGUAAAUAUGACUUUCAGAGGUGUUGCACUCUUACUGUGCAUUGUGUGCACUACACACUGCCUGCUCGAGCAGAGCACACAGACAAAGAAUGAAACAAAAGAUGUGCUGCUGGAUUCAGUUGAUCACAGUGCUGCCAUUGAAGAGCUGAGGAAAAAGAUUGAUGAGAUUAUAAAUGAUCUGAAUGUCCUGAAGACAGUUCAUGCUCUGCAAUUAGUUUGUCUGAAAGGCAUCAAGGUUCCAGGAAAGUGUUUCCUAGCCAGCCCAGUAAAGAAGGACUUCUAUGCUGCUACCAAUGAUUGCAUCUCACAGGGUGGCAGCCUGAGCACUCCUGUUACAGGCAAUGAGAAUUACCAGCUCUAUGUCUAUGCGCAUGAGACAAUUGGAGCCAGGGAACACAUCUGGCUGGGCAUUAACGACAUGCUGAAAGAGGGGGAGUGGGUUGAUAAAUCAGGGUCCAGGAUACUUUUCCAAAAUUGGGAGACAGAGGUCACCCGUCAGCCUGUCGGUGGCCGCAGCCAGAAUUGCGCCUUUAUGUCUGUCAUAGACAGCGGGAAGUGGUUCGAUGAGAACUGCCGUGCUGUGAAGGCCUUUGUAUGUGAGUUCAAUAUUGUCUGAGUGUCUUGCAUCUUAUUAUCUCUAACAAUGACCUUGAAACAUGUAAAUACAAACUGUCAGAAGUGGUGCAUCAUAAAUAACAACUUUGUAUAUUGUAUUUGUAAUAAGAAUUCUUAGAGCUAAUACUUGGCUUUAACAAUUCAGAACUAAGAAGUACUUAGUGCCUUCACAUUACAGACAUACUGCCAUUUCUGUUAUUUAUGUAUUUCCAUAUAAUCCUAAAAUGGAUAGUUAUGAUAGCAAUUUAUUACAUUUCAAAACAACAUUGAUUCACUUACUAUAAGAGGCACUUAUAUUCAGAUUCAAAACAAUUAAUAUUCUGAUAAGUAAUGUAGUCCAGUUAAACAGAUUACUUCACUACACAGUCAUGUUCAAUAAAACAGAUAUUUUAUUAUUUGUUGCAUAAUAUGGCUAUUGCUGCUUCCAGAGGACUUUACAACAUAAUAAGCCAGAUGUGUGAAUGAUCUGGAACAAUACUGACAUCAUCUGAACAUUAAAAUAAAUGUUCUUAUUUAUGUAACUUA